GCAGAUGAUACAUACGGCAAUUUAACGUCAAAUUGAGGGUAUAAAGGGUAUUAGUGUAUCCACGUACGCAGUUAACUAAAAAAUAUAAAUUUAAAAAUACAAUACACAAACAACAAUACAAGAGGCUCAUAAGUCAUAACAGGUGAUUUUCCAUUAAAAGGUUCUCUCUCUCAAUUGCAGGCAAUUUAUCUCUUUUCUUCUUUUCUUCCCUUUUUUCAUCAGAUCCCUGAAUCAUUUUCCUUCCUCAUUCUUCAAGUAGAGUUGAUUCGUGAGCACUCAUUCGUACAUGCAAUGCAUACAUUUUCUCUUUUGACGGCAUAAUCUUGGGAUUAUCAAGUAAUUGAAUUGAAUUUGCUGCUGGAGUGUAUAAGGUUGGGCCUUGGGAAAGCUUGCAGCUUUUUCAUGAUAACAAGGCAUUUCAGGCAAAAUGGGGCAUCGAAACAUUCAGUUCAAUAAUCAUAUGAUUGAGAUGCAAGCUGAUCAAGGCCAUCCCCACCCCAGCCAUCUCCAUCCCGAGUGCAUCGUCUACUCAAAUUUACCAAACUACCCCCACCAGAAUAUCAAUUUCCAUCCCGCACCCGAACAGCACCACGAGAAUCCCUUGUUCUACGCCAUGGGUGGGCCCUACAACCCCGCCGCGCCCCAACACAACCUUGACCUCAACAUAACCCCACCCACCACCACCCAUUAUAACAAUAAUAAUCCCUACUUAACACCGCCAGCUGGCAUUCGAGAUUUUCCUGUUCCACCAAAUCACGCCUAUGGUGAUGGUAUCAUUAGGGAGCAGUUCAAGAGAAAGAAUGCCGAGGGCUCAUCUUCCAAUCAGCAGCACCAAAAUGCUCAGGUGGGUCCCAGUUCAUCCUCGGAUGUCGCUCGGGUGGAAGCCUCUCUGUUUGUGGGGCCCGAUCCUGUUCGGGUGCAUAAUAACGCGAAUUUGGUGCAAGGAAAUUACGUCGUGCCACCUGUUCAGUUGCCGGGUAAUCCUUGGUUGGAUAUGAAUUUCAGAGGGAACAAUGGUGAUAUUGGUGCUGCUCUAGGAUGGUCACAGCCUACUCAUAACUUGCCGUAUGUGCAUGCUAAUGCCAAUGGGGCUUGUGUUGAAUCGAGUACUACAGGCGUACAAGGCUAUCCAGUAGCGGCCAUUAACAGAGGUGCAGGUUUUGUGCAUCCUCCAGUGACUCAGAGCCACCCAAGUACUCAACCAGGCCCACAUAUGCAAAGGCCUAGAGGAUACAAUGUGGGCCACCCAUCUCAAAUGGUCACGCCUUCACGUGGAAUCCCAAUGGUUAGGUAUUCGAAUGCCAGUGCAGGUCCUUUUCCAGAUGUUGUGGAAGCCGGGCCCUCAUUUUUAGCUCCAAUGGUGCCUACGGGCUUCCAGAUCUAUAGGGCCCACCAUGGGGAAAUCAUGCUCGACCCGAAUGUGAGGCACCGAGGCUUUCCACAGUUGAGAGUACUGCCAGAAGAUGAGGUUGCUAUGCUCGAGAUUCCUGGAUAUCAUGUAGCAGGAGAGUCGAUCGAUCAGCACAGGGACAUGCGACUAGAUAUCGAUCACAUGUCAUACGAGGAGCUUCUAGCAUUGGGAGAACAAAUAGGCAGUGUGGGCACUGGUUUAUCUGAGGAGUUCAUUCAAUACAAUUUGAGAACAAGAAGUUUUACCUCAGGCCCAGCUUGUAUCAAUCUAGAAAUUGAACCGUGCCCCGAUCAAGAGACGAUCAACUUUUGUGUUGUGUGCCAGAUGGAUUAUGAGUACGGGGAAAGUAUUGGAGUGCUCGACUGCGGCCAUGAAUACCACAAAGAUUGCAUAAAAAAGUGGUUGGUCGUGAAGAACACUUGCCCUGUGUGCAAAUCCACCGCCUUGCGUGGCAAGGGGAAGGAUUUGAUGUUGAAAUAACAAUUUCAACAAAAGAACGAAAAACUUGAAAAAGAAAAACAUUGAUUUGGUUCUAUUUACUAGUUAUUCUAUAAUCGACGAGUGAACUUUUCUCGUUCGUGUAUUAUAUUUAUGUACAAUUGUACAUACAUGUAGACAGUAUUCAUUGUUGGCCGGUGCAAUCUGCCUCUAAAUAUUGUACAGAUUUUACAAUUGUUAGACUAAAUUUGUUUUGUUAUGUGUGCACCUAAGGCAAAUUAUACAGGUUCUAGGUUAAUUGGCAAUUUCUUGUUUUGUCUUGAAACUAGGUUGAUUGUAUUAUACUAUUAUAUCACUAAUAUUGCACAGACAUAAUUCUGUUGUUUAUAAAGAUGGGCUUCCAAUUGAAAAGUCCUAUUUGUAGUAAGCAAA